AUGUUGUGUGCUUGUUCAGGAGAGCAGUUCAAAUUUGAAGAGCCGCCGCAGUCGCCGGAGUCACUGGCCACCAGGGACUUCUCGGCGAGUGGCCUUUCUUCGAGGACCACCGGAGAUUGGGACUUGGGCUCGAAAUUUGAUGACAUUCAAGUUGAUGAGGCUGAGUCCACUCUCAAAGAAGCUCUCUCUUUGAAUUAUGAGGAAGCUAGGGCCUUGUUGGGGAGGCUUGAGUUCCAGAGAGGGAAUUUUGAUGCUGCUCUUCAGGUGUUUCAGGGUAUCGACAUAAGGAACUUAACCCCAAGAAUGGCCAAGGCCAUUGUCGAGAGGAUUAGGCACCGGAAACCGCGUGUGAAAGGCGAUAGCUAUGUGAUUCUCAAUGUUAUGUCCUUGCAUUCUGUGAGCUUACUCACUGAGGCUAUAUUGCUCAAGGCAAGAUCAUUGGGGGAACUGGGAAGGUUUAGAGAGGCUGCAAAGGAAUGCAAAGUUAUUCUUGAUACAGUUGAAUUGGCAUUGCCUAAUGGAAUGCCUGGAGAAAUUGGUGAGGACUGUAAAUUGCAAGAAAUGUUUCACAAAGCACUUGAGUUGCUCCCAAUAUUUUGGACCAAGGCAGGAUAUCUUGAAGAAGCGAUAACUGCAUACCGCCGGGCUCUGAUCAAGCCAUGGAAUUUGGACCCCGAGAGGUUGGCUGGUGUGCAGAAAAGUUUAGCUUGCACUUUACUCUAUUGUGGUGUUGAAGCAACCCUUCCACCUCAAUUGCAAGUAUGGGGUCCAACUACACCCAGGAACAAUACAGAAGAAGCAAUCCUGUUGUUGGUGAUACUUAUGAAAAAGGUGGCAUUGAAGCAAAUAAAGUGGGAUCCAGAAGUUAUGGAUCAUCUGAGUUAUGCGCUUUCUGUUACCGGACAGUUUGAGUUAUUAGCUAAUCAUUUCGAGCAGGCCAUUCCAGGGUUGUACGGUCGAGCUGAGAGAUGGUACUUGCUUGCACUUUGUUACAGUGCCUGUGGACAAAAUGAAGAAGCACUCAACCUUUUGAAAAAGGUUGCAGGCUGUUCCGAAGCAAGGAACAAGCCUCAUUUCCUUUCUUUUCUCUUGGGAGCAAAGCUAUGUUCCCUAGCUACUGCUCAUGCUCAUGAAGGGAUAGAAUUUUCGCGUAAAGCUAUUGAUUUGGUCAGUGAUCAGUGCGAGCAUUUCAUGGGUCAAGCACACAAGUUUCUUGGUGUUUGCUAUAGCGGUGCAGCAAGAGCGUCCAUAUCUGAUUCUGAAAGAACUGUUUUUCAGAGAGAGUCAUUGAACUCUCUAAAUCAUGCUGCUCUUAAUUGGAAGGAGGAUCCUGAUGUAAUGUUUAGUCUUGGCCUUGAAAAUGCCGUGCAAAGGAAUCUAGAUGCAGCUUUCAGUCAUACAAUGAAGUACUCAGAUAUGGUGGCUGGCAGCUCAGUAAAAGGCUGGAAGCUAUUAGCCCUCGUAGUUUCUGCAGAGCAACGAUUCAAUGAUGCUGAAGCCAUAGUGGAUUUUGCUUUGGACGAAUCAGGAAGAAGAGAUCAAUUAGAACUGCUCAGACUGAAAGCGGUGCUUCAAGUUGCUCAGGAACAUCCCAAGCAAGCAAUAGAAACGUACAGAAUGUUGCUAGCUUCAGUUCAAGCACAGAGGAAUUCAAAAGCAAAUAACUUAGAAAAUUUGGAAAAGGAAGCCUGGAGAGACUUGGCAGGCAUUUACACAAAACUUAAUUUGUGGCCUGAUGCAGAAAUAUGUAUCAACAAAGCCAAGCUGAUUGAGUUUUAUUCUCCCCAAAGUUGGCAUACGACAGGUGUGUUAUUUGAAGGUCAAUCCAAGCUCAAGGAAGCCCUCAUUUCGUUCUCAGUAUCAUUGUCAAUAGAGCCAGAUUAUGUCCCAAGCAUCGUUUCAACUGCAGAAGUAUUGAUGAAACUCGGUACUGGAUCACUCCCUAUUGCAAGAAGCUUUUUAAUGAAUGCUCUGCGGUUAGAACCAACAAACCAUGAGGCUUGGUUGAACCUCGGACAACUAUCAAAAAUGGAAGGCUCUUUGCAGCAAGCAGCAGAAUUUUUCCAGGCUGCAUGUGAGCUUCAGUUGUCCGCUCCGGUGCAAAGCUUUGUGUAAUGAUGGUUUCGCAGUCAGUCUUG